GUCACUGGAGAAGCUCAUUGCAUAUUCAGCAAGCAAAAUGUCGAGAAGAAAAUUAUGAUAUUUUGCAGUUUCAAAAACCGCAGCGAGAAUUUAGACAGCUCAGGCGGUUUAAAGCGUUCCCAUUAAACGAUAGCAGAGAUGGUGAAGCGAAAAUCUAGCGAUAGUCAUGAGGGAGAGUCCGAUAAUUUUGUGCCGCUGCCGGUACAGUUGUUUUUCUGGAGACAGACGAGCCCAUUCAUCAGGGCCAAAAUGGGGAAGCUGUGUGAUGCCUCCUGUGUAUCAUUUGAACGAGUUCUGGUCCAGAACAUCCUUCAUGGCUUAUCUCCCAGCUUGUGUGAGGCAAUGCAGAAAAUUCCAAGAUGGCGACUCGUUCAAGCAGCUUUCCCUCAUGUGCUCACCUGCUGUGCAGCAGUCUUAGCCAAGCGCAAGCAGUCUUAUCCCGAUGCCAAAUUUGGUCAAAGCGAGACCAAACUCCUUUACACGCUCCACUGGGUCGUGCUGGACGCGGCAUCCGAGUGUGAGGACAACGAUCCGCAUGAAAGUGGGAGUUCCACUGCUAGCCUUAUCCAGUCCCAGCUCCAUGAUCUAAGUGCAAUACAAUUAUUUGUAUACCUUUUUGCUCCAUUGGUGUGUUCUGUCCACGAGCAAGAUUUCCAGACUCUGAAACUGGAACGGGGAUUGAUGCUGUGGGAGCCCCUAUGGGAAUGUCGACAGCCAGACAUACCUUGCUUCUUGACGCCAGUUAAGCCAAAGAGGACCAUACUCAAAGCAGUCCGGCAGAAGGAAAAUCGCAUCAAGUCUAACAUUGCUGAUAUUUAUCUGGGGAAUGGAGAAGGGCCGAGCACACCAGAAGAUAUGUUUCUGGGCUUCCCCUCAGCUGCCAGUACUUCUGGUAUGGCGGCCAUUGCUCAGACACCAGAAGGACCCCCUUUGGCACCCCUUGCGAGUAUUAGUGAGAUAUACACAGAGUCGAUAUCAGAUGGCUCAGCAGUUUUUAUUCAAAACAUCUGUGAAAUCUGCAGAUCUCCAUCUGUCAGCCGCGAUGGCAUGAGUCCCACGUGCAACUGUAGCCGCAGGGUAAGCGAUGACGUGUUUUUGCGUCCUCAGUUACGCCAAUCUCUGAGUGUACCGGAAAGUUCAGAGUACACACAAGAAGAGGAUCAAGGCCAAGAACAUGAACAUGAAGAGGAGCAAAAUGUGGCAGAUGAUAUUCUUCUUGCAACAUACUUCGACGUUGCUGUUCUGCAAUGUCUGUUCUGCCCACGUUGGGAUGAGGAUGGAAUCUUCUGGGCUCUCGGCUACAUGCAUAAGAGACUCCUGGAUAUUUGUGAUGAACUGGCUCGCCACGCAAAUGUUCGUCGGCGAAGCCAGUCCCUCCCAGUUCCAGACAUCAAGGUGCUCGACCCUCCGACCUUGACCCUUCCCACAACCCUCCUGGGCAAGUUGGAGGAGAUGCCUACUGCAGCUGCAGCUGCUGCUACGGAAACAGAUCAAGAGUUUUUAAAACAUGCUAAUUUCCAUUUGGACAGCAUGAAUUCUUGUCAGCAUAAAAGGGAGUACCAGCAGCCAAAUAAAAAGAGGUGUGAAGAGGGGCAUAUUGGUCAUCAUGGGCUUCACCUGGGUCAUCAUCACCCCCCUCACCCCCACCACCCGCACCCCCACCACCCCCACCCUCCCCCACCAGACCUCCACCAG